GCUGGAAAAGCUGAAUGCCGACAAGAAAGCUAUGAUCAAGGAGUUGACUGAUGCUAUAGCCAAUGAAGAUCAAGCCAUGAUGCAGGACCUGCAUUGUUUUGAGGACUCCAUAAGCCAUUUGUGCCACUCGCUCAGAACUGCCCACAAGUAUUAUACAACUGAAAACCUAGUACAGGAGAUAAGCAAUGUGAAGAUGGCAGGAGAAGAAGCCAAACUCCGCGUGGAAAUGGGAAAAUCCAAUCUCAUCAGCCUCCAGCAAGAAUUGGAGCAUCUGCAGGCAUCGCAUCCCAACAUAGAAGAGGAGAUCGCUCAGAUUGACGCAGAUGGCUGUCCGACAGCUAAUGAUUGGGAGAGUAUAGUGCAUUUGUUCCAAGAGGAUAUGAACGGGCUUAAGAAUGCACAGGAAAACACUGCGCAAGAAUUGAAGGCAGCACAGGACAAGAAAGAGAGGCUAAUGCAGGGCGUGGAUAAACUGGAAAAGGAGCUUGAAAAGAAGAAGCAAGAAAAGGAAGCUCGAGAGGCCCAGAGGCGAGCUGCCCUGAUAAGCUCCUCACAGCCUAUGUCCAAAGGCCGUCAUCCGAUAUCACCUCUUGUUUCAAGCUCCACUUCAGCAGGUUAUCCCGGCAUCCAGCAGCCACCGAGAUCGCGGCCAUCGUUUGUGCCGCCAUCCCUCAGUCUCUACUCCAGUGCCAGCUCAUCGAUAGCGUCUUUGCCAGCAAGUGCGUCGGCAACUGGACCGCCUGGGGACACCAGCAGUCUGUCUUCCAGUGCUGCAUCCACUAAGUAUGGCCCAACCACCCCACGGCUCAUUACAUUUAACUUCGGCAAACGUACAUGAUGGUGUCCAAGGUGGUACCAUUCGAUGAUUGACCACCAAAAUGUGUUGUCUCUGUGUCCAGAUGAUUCCUUUCAGGGUUUGUGCAAACAGUUCCACCUAAUUGUUGUAUUUCAUUAUCCUCCUGAUUAUUUUUUUAAAUUUACAAACAGUGGGUCAUCCUACAUCAAUCCACCCAACAAAGUAAUAAUCUUCAUAGUCCGGUUGAGUUAGUAUCAACUCCAUAUUUCCCCACAUUUCUGAAUUAUCCCUAAUUAAUUUCCUGCCCAACGGUUGAUUGUGACAAGGUUCCUUCAUGUGAAAGUUCCAUUACCAACUUCCAUUCUACGAGGUGUGUGUGCACAAGCGUGUGUAUUGUAUUGUAUUGUUUAUUUACGGAUUCUCCAGAGGCAAAUGGAUACCUAUCAUGGGAGUAUCUCCAAACCAAUCAUGAGAAUAAUGAAAA